UAAAUAUGACUCUUCGCAUUCUCUUUCUCUUUUAUAGAAAAUAUACUCUCUUUUGUUCCUCUGUCAUCAUUUGCAAAACAUACACAAUCAACCGUUUCAGCUUUCCUUCAAUCUAUCUAAAUUUCAACUUAAACAAAAUGAAGAAAGAAAUGGCUGGAAAAACCUUCUUUUCGAAGAAAAACAAUGUCCGAAAGAAAAUCGCCAUUCUCCUUCACAGCUCAGAACCAAACGUUUUCAUCACCACCCACCAACAACCAGAAAACUCCGAAAACAAUUUUAGUCACCGCAGUAGCAAUGCCUCAUUACCUAGCCCUGUCAUGUCUUCUUGUUCAUCACCAGUCUACUUCAUGUCUCCAAUCAAUCAGAUGCCAUCGCCCUACUCUAAAUCUCCUUGGACCCUUCCUCAUGGCAGAAAUAGCGAAGAAAGUGUCAUCUACAACACUGGCUUGAUCGGGUCUUUGAUACGCGAAGAGGGUCAUAUUUAUUCGUUAGCAUCUUCCGGGGAUUUGUUGUACACAGGUUCCGAUUCAAAGAACAUUAGAGUGUGGAAGAAUCUAAUGGAGUUUUCAGGUUUCAAAUCGAGUAGUGGAUUAGUGAAAGCGAUCAUAGUUUUUGGUAAUCGGAUAUUUACCGGCCACCAGGACGGGAAAAUUCGGGUUUGGAAGUAUUCAGAUAAGAAGAAAAAAUCUUACAACCGGAUCGGUAAUUUACCCAGGACAAGAGAUUACAUCAAGAGCUCCAUGAACCCUAAUAAUUACAUUGAAGCAAGACGACAUCGUAACGUUCCAUGGAUCAAGCAUUAUGAUGUCGUUGCUUGCAUGUGUAUUGAUGAAGAAAAAGGGUUAUUGUAUUCUGGAUCAUGGGAUAGAACAAUGAAAGUUUGGAGGAUUUCAGAUUCGAAAUGUUUAGAAUCUGUAAACGCUCAUCACGACGCCAUUAAUUCGGUCGUCGUUGGGUUUGACGGUUUGGUUUUUACCGGGUCCGCCGACGGGAAGGUGAAGGUGUGGCGUAGGGAGUUCGUCGGUAAGACCACAAAACACCUUUUAGUUUACACGCUUUUGGAUCAGGACAGCGCUGUCACGUCUGUAGUGGUGAACGCCUCUCAGGCCACUGUGUACGCAGGAUUCUCCGAUGGACUGGUGAACUUUUGGGAACGCAAGAAGCAAACGUUCUCACACGGAGGAGUUCUGAGGGGACACAAGCUGGCAGUGCUUUGUCUGGCUACUGCCGGAAACCUGUUAUUGAGUGGGUCGGCGGACAACAGCAUCUGCGUGUGGCGGAGUGAAGGUAGGGGUAUUCAUACUUGUUUGUCGGUCUUGAAUAGUCACACCGGUCCAGUGAAAUGUCUUGCCGUUAAGAACCGGAAUGAGAAGGAUCAUGAUCGGAAAGAUGAAGAAUGGAUAGUUUACAGUGGCAGUUUGGAUAACUCAGUGAAGCUUUGGCGGGUGUCAGAACAGCUAGCAUGAAAUAUGUCAUUAUUAAGAGUUAAAACCAAUCACUAAUUGACACCACGCUCCGCCGUUUUGGAAGUAUAGAUCCAUGAUAGGCACGCUAACUAUAAGAAAUUUCGAGUUUUUAUCGAUUGAAAUGCGAAACAUCACAAUUUGGCAUUGGGGAGAAGAUUGAAGUAGAAAACGUUUGAUCAGAUAUUAGGUAGUCGAUAAAUGGUGAUGAAGAUCGAUCGCCAUUGUGUGUAUCUAUACCUCUAUAUGAGUAUAUGACGCAUUGUGUGUAUCUUUAUCCCUAUAGUCACCAAAACAUAUUGGAGACUGCUUAUUAAUGAUAUACUUCUGUGUUUCUGGA